CGUCAUGGAGUUUCCGCCAUCAGGUUAGGGUGGUCACGUCCGCCUCUCCUCCAGCCGUUUGUUUCCCCUCCUCCUCCCCCUCCCCCCCCGCUCACGCUCCCGGCGGCCGUUUGUUCCCCCCCCCCAGCUCGCGCUCUCGGCGGCCGUUUAACCGUCAGGGGGGCGGCGGCGGCGGCGCGAGGCAGCGUCGCCCUUUCCGUCAAACCACCGAGCGGCUGUGGUGGCUGCCGUCGCCAGGGCGGGGUGGUCGACCUGGCUUGUCGGCAGCCUUCCUCCCCCCCCCCCCCCCCCUCUGCCCUCUCCCUCAACAUUAGCCGGAGCCCUGCGCUUUAUCUCCCGUCUCCUCCAACACAGAGAGAGAGCAACAGCAACAACAAAAGCAAAUCCUUCAUCUUGUUUCUUCUGCCGGGGGCCGAGAUGUUCGUGGAAAAGCGGGGGAUUCCGCCGAAGAACUGAGAUUCGUGCUUAACCUAUGGAUAAAGUUGGAAGGAUGUGGAGCACUUUGAAGUACCGAUGUCAGAGUUUUUUUGUUAAUGAAGGUGGAGGCCCAAAUGAAAAUGGUUUAAAUUGUCCAAGUUGUUCCGUUGGCCAAAGCACAAGUACAAAUGUUGAUGAACUGCCUCAUCAAGGAUUAGGGGGUGCAACAAAUGAACAUACAGACACAGGUUUAACCAUAGACAGAAGGAAUGGAAACUGUGUUUCUAAUAUCCCAGAGAUUGUUGAAGCUGAUUUGGAUAAAGAAAAUGAUAAUUUAGCUGCUGGACCGGAGUCUCGCCUUGUUCGACGAGACUCUUAUUCCCGCCAUGCUCCCUGGGGUGGAAAGAAGAAACACUCUUGCUCUACAAAAUCCCAGAUGUCAUUUGAAACAGUUAAACGUUUUAGUAGAUCAAGAUCUGGGUUACAAAGGCGGGAAAGAAGAUAUGGCGUGAGUUCCAUCCAUGAUAUGGAGAGUUUGACUAAUCGUGCUAUGACACGUCCAUCUAUACGCCAACGUUUCCAAGAAACUGUAGGACUCUGUUUUCCCUUGCGCACACAUAGUAAGCAGCCAAAGAGUUUAUUGUCGAGCAGGAGAAAAAUUUUGCUCUCUGAACUGAUGCUUGAAAAAUGUCCUUUUCCUGCUGGGUCAGAUCUAGCCCAGAAAUGGCAUCUUAUUAAACAACACACAGCUCCUGUAAGCUCGCAGUCAACUUGUUGGCUUGAAACGCUUGAUCCUACUUUUUCUUCUACAGAAGACGAAGAAGAUAGGCUCAGGGAAAGACGAAGGCUCAGUAUUGAAGAAGGGGUUGAUCCUCCUCCCAAUGCCCUUAUACACACUUUUGAAGCCACUGCACAAAUUAAUCAAACGUACAAACUGGGACCAAAGUUAGCACCUGGAAUGAGUGAGCUUCCUGCUGACAAUAAUGGAAUUACAAAUGGAGACUGGGAUGUGGAGGAGGGCUCAACUACGCUUUGUCUUCAGGCACGAAAACAGAAAUCACGGCCAACGGCAGGAGAAAAUAUUGGUCAUGCUGCCAGACCUGGACCUUGGAAAGUGCACACACAAAUUGAUUACAUUCAUUGUUUGGUGCCAGACUUGCUUCAGAUUACAAGUAACCCUUGUUACUGGGGGGUAAUGGAUCGUUAUGAAGCUGAGGCUCUCCUUGAUGGCAAGCCUGAAGGGACAUUUCUACUCAGGGACUCUGCACAAGAGGAUUACCUCUUCUCUGUGAGCUUCCGUCGUUAUAACCGCUCCUUGCAUGCUAGGAUUGAGCAAUGGAAUCAUAAUUUUAGUUUUGAUGCUCAUGAUCCCUGUGUUUUUCACUCCUCCACUGUAACGGGCCUCCUGGAACAUUACAAAGAUCCCAGCUCAUGCAUGUUUUUUGAACCUUUGCUGACUGUUCCGCUGACCAGGACCCUUCCCUUCAGCCUGCAGUACAUCUGUCGUGCAGCCAUUUGCUACUGUACAACGUAUGAUGGAAUAGAUGCCCUUACACUUCCCCCACCUCUACAAGAGUAUCUGAAAGAGUACCACUAUAAACAGAAAGUACGAGUGCGAUGGUUAGAACGAGAACCAUCCAAGGUCAAAUAAGGAUUUGUCUUUUUUAAUAUUACUGAAGUUGCUGACGACCCUGACAUAUGGGACAUUAUGAAGAUGAUAAACUUAUUCAGAAAUAAUUAUUUAAGACUAACUCACAAUAUGUGGUAACUUUUUGCAACUUCCUUUUAGGGUAUUUUGGCACUUUGUGUCUGUAAAUUAAUGGAUACUGCAGGUCUAUAUACAAAUUAACAUGCAUGUAUUUAUUGUGUUGGCAGUUAACAACUUUGUACCUUUGCAGUUGUCUUUGAGGGAUGUGGUCAAAAAUCAUUGAUUUAGGGCAACUAUGGAGCUCUCUGCAGAUUUGAUAUAGGAAUUAACAUUUACGAUAGAAUCUUGGAAAUUGUGAUGAAAUUUAAAAAUAAUUUUAAGGAAAUGCCAUUUGAGAUUCAACACCAUUUUGGUGCAUUCUGGCAGCCAACCUGCAUGAAUUUGACCAGACUGGAAGGAAUUUUUUGGAGGUCUGCAAUGGCAUUUUUUUGUCAAUAACUGGUUUCCUGGAAUUAUUUUGUGAUUGACUGCUGAAUGGUUAUAAAGUGCAACUUGAGUACAUUAUGACCCAUGUCUGGCCCUUCAAAACUAUUUUGAAAUCACUUUUAAGCUUUUGUUUCUGGAAUGUAUAGGGGAAAUUCAGUGGUAAUGCGUUUGAUCGAAAAGUUAUUUUAUCUGUGGAUUAUCACUUGCAUUCCUGAGUGGAAUUUUGGUUGUGUGAUUUAAAUCUGACCAGAACAGGUCAUUGUCAUGGGUAAAAUCUGAGAUUGUUGUGCAAUAUUUCUAGAUUAUGUUUAGAAAUCUUGCUCAAGGAUUCAACAAGUUCAAGGAUUCAAUGUUUUUUGCUUGUGCACAUAUCCACAUUUGUUUUAGAACUUAAAGAUGAGAGUGGCAACAACACUUAAAUGGAAAAUAUUGUUUAAAUUGAUUUGAAUGCCUGGAUAAUUUUCAGAGACAAAAGAGCAAACAACUCCAGCUUCUGUUGUUAAUUAAGGUAAUGAUAUUCUAUGGAGGGAGGAACAUUAUAUCUUGAUUAAAGUAAUUUUCCUGGAUUUUUGAAUAUUUAGGGUAUUGCCCUAUUUAAAAUUUUUGUUAUGAGAAUGUCCCUCGUCUCAAACUUGUAAAAUUAACAAUAUCUCAGCCAAUUCUGGUGGAAGUGUGACAACAAUCUUUACUAUAUCAGUUUCUCAAAUACAAGUAGUUAGUGUAAUGUAGGUGGCAUUUGAACAUCAUACCUCUUAUUUUCUAGUAAAUUGGUAACCAUUAGAUUAUUUGGGGCUGUAGACUAUUUGCAUUUGAGUGUUUAAAAAAACAUCUAGAAAAGAGAGAAUGUUGCCAUUUAACUCUGGACCAUCUGGGCGAGACAUAGAAUGCUCACCAACUAUUUGGCUUUUGGUUUGGCACCUGUACAUUGUCACAAUUGGGUCAGAGUCACUUUCACUUCAAAUGAUAACACCAGUAUUUGAAAGUUUGCUUUGUUCCAUUUAGAUUAAACAUUUAAAAAAAACCUUCUCGUGUAUAUAUUUGUCCCAAAAUUCUUAAACUUGUUCUUUAGAGAAAUAUAAACUUUAAGUAGCUGCAAUACUGAACAGAAGCUCAAUAGUUGCUCAAUAAAAUUGUGAUACCCUGCUGUUUUUUGGCAUUGUGGCCUUUGUAGACGGUGACUGUAAUUUUGGCUGUGAGCAGUUAAUUCCUAUCCAAGCUUUGCUCAUUUGGCCUAUGUGAACAAGAUAACUAACAUGCCACGCUGUGUACUUUCCUACUUUGACAGAGCAGAUUUUAGCAAGUUAACUUUGUUAGAGGACUUAAGAUAUUUUGUGGAACCGGAUUGUUUCUCAUGUUCUUUCAUUCACAAUCUGGUGCAGCCUGGAUUUUCUUUUUAAUCCUUCAAGGACUAAAGGUAUUGGAAGAUGCUAAUUUAAUAAUUCAAUAUGCAGUGGGAAUUUUAAAUUGUGUUUCUACAUCAAAUAAAUGCAGUUAUCCAAAUUAAACAAGCAUUAGUUGUAUUCCAUAUGUUAAAGAUUAAUCUAAUUUUUCAUGAAUUGCUUUAAUAGUAUGUUAGCAUUUUUAUUGUAGGCAAGCAGAUCCUGAAAAGCACUCGACUACCCUAAUAACCCCUUAGGGUUGUAUAAUUUUUAAGAUGUAUUGUCAAGAGAUGCUGUGUAAGUUAAAACUGCAUCAAUUGCUUUCAACUUUAAGCUAUUGAGUAAACUUGUAAACACAUUUGUAAAAAUCUAUUCUGAUUGUUUAGUACAAAGGUCUAAUUCUUGCCAUACAUACAAUUAGAAUGUGUCAUUUAUUUUUAAUGUCUAAUUAAAUGUUUGGAUGUUGCACAUUUAGGCUGUAGCGAUUUGUAUCAACUGCCUGACACCCUUAAUAUUUUAUCCCCAUUACCUGGUUUUGAAAUUUCAAAAGAUUAGUAAUCUGCAGAAUUGCCAUCUUUAUUGUGUCCGGUGAUACGUAUUCUAAAUUAUAGAAAUGGUUCAACUGCAACUACCCUCUUCUUAAACUUUCUGUAAUUGCAGCCCCUGAAUACCAUUUGUUGCACUUGAUAUACAAUUUAAAUUACCUUCAAAAAUGCCUUUUUUGGGAAAAUGUUUCAAGAUACUUGAAUCAUUCUAGUUAAGGGGAACAUGUUUAAUUUCUUGAUCGUUUUACUUGUUUAAUUGAGAGCAACUUGGAAUUGUAGUAUGGUUGUAAACCUAUAUCUAAAUUAACAAUUAACUUUCUCCCAAACUAAAUCAAUGUAUUCAGUCUGUUUAUUUAAAGAUAAAGCUGGUAGGAUUUUUUUGUGCAGAAUUUUUUGUUUAUUGAGAAUGAAUGCAGCUGAAAUGUAAAUCAAAUGUUUUAGCUUCCACUAACAAAUAUUGUAUACUAGUAAGUAUAGUGUAAUCCAAAGAAGAAAAAAAACAUUAAAGAAUUACAGAUUCUUUUUGUGUCCUUCCCAGGAAUUUAUUGUACUUUUCAACAUACUAUUAAUUAGUUAUUGAUCUCCCAGGCAUUUGUAAAAUGGUAUUGAUACAAAAGAGUUACUUUUGGAAAACAGGCCAGUAAGCAAUGGAUAAAAAUAUGCUUGGAGCUACUUUGAAUGGAAGGCAUUAUACAAUGAUGUGCUUUUUAGCUCCUACGGAACUCUUGAACCAUUUCCACUAGUCCUUGUUUCCUGCAUUAUUCAAAUUGUGUAUGAUAUGGAAUUAUUUAAAAUAUAAGUUGACAAUGGAUCUUUCUUAAUAACCUCUUCAAGUGUGCCUGGCUUUAUUGAAAAUCAUUUGUGAAUGCUGAACAGAUUUUAAAAAAAUCACACGUUGAGGUUGUCUCUUUUUUUGCCUUUUGCACACUAAGGUGUGUGCUCUGUGUUCUCCCUUCCACUUUAAACUCCUAGAUUUGCAAGUUUGUCCAAAACAAUUGGGAUGAAACCCUUGACAGAAAUGUUUAACAUUGCAUUGUACUUGUACAAUACAGGGAAACUAUUUAACACUAGAUUUAUUUUGCAAAUGUCAAGUAUUUUUUACGGCAAUGUAUUUAAAUGUGAUUUUAUUUAACUUAAUUCUGUAAAUUUAAUAUUUCUAUCACCUAAAGAUGAAUAAUUCUUAGAAACCAAACCAAAUUGUUCCAGUCUAUGUACUAUUUAUUACAUUUUAUAUUAGACCGUUCUACCUAUUAGAUAAAAUAACUAGAAUUUGGAUGUAGUGGAUGUGGGAGGAAAAUAUAUCAAUUUCAAAUUGAUAUUCAUUUUUUCCUGUUCAAUUUGGAAUAACAGCAAAUAGUUUUUGUCUAUUUAAUGGUCUUUGUACUUAGAAUUUGGACAGCCUUAAUCCACUCUCCAUAACGGUCGUUGGAACUGGUACACAAUGUAACUUGUCAUGGCAACUUAUUUGGGAAUUGAAAGCGUAUACUGAGUUUCAAGCCCGAUAAGCAGUUCCAGUUUGAUACUUUAAAAAAAAAUCUGUCGUCAAGUUUCAAGAACCUCCAACCCUUGUAAUAUAGGUGAUUCUUUUAUGCUUGUGAAAGAAACGGUCACACCUUUUGUUACCUGUUCUAAUUCUUUUGAACUCUGCUUCAGCUUCAUGUUAAUUUUUUUUAAUGCUUUUAAUGAUGGUCGCUUCGAAGGUUACUCAACUUGUUUGUGUGCUGAUGAUUUGUGUCUUAGGAUUCUAAAGCACUUUACAAGAGUUUUAAAACCAUCAAAUAUGGGAUUUAUUAUUCCUUGGUUUAUUUUUCAUAUGGGCCGCCAUCUCACAAACGGGCUACAAAGAUUCUAAAAGUGCCAGUGGAACAUUAAUGACAUUAUUUUUGGCAGGUGGAACCAAAGUUUAGUGAAGAGCAACAGAUAUGUGGCUUAUCCCCUAGUAUUAAAGCACGUAGCAAACUAUUCAGUGUAGUUUACUUGAAUGCUGGUUUUGGAGGGGGGGGGGGGGGGGUACAUUUGGGUUGAUCAGCAGGUGCUAAAAAGAACAUGUAAUUUUGCCUUUUAUCUGUAAUGUUAGACUUGCUGAAUGCCUUUUUUCUUAAAUAGGCCACCAACUUCCUGAAAAUAUACGACAAAUUUUUUUUUUGUGGGCACAAUGAGUUUGUGGCAUGGAAACCCAUGUUUAUUCGUGCAUCUGAAUUCUAAUUGUUGUAAAUUGCAUUAAGGUUCUGUUCUCAACAGUAUUUUUGCAAUUUAGCUGAAAGCAUAUUUGCUAAAGUUUUCAACCCUCAAUCAUUUGUGCACUUUGAGAUUUUUUAAGAAAUCUCUUUUUUUGUCGGAUGUGUGUGCGUGUCUAAUGGCAUAUCAAGUGCUUUGAUGUAAGCUAAUUGCUAUAGGUAUGUAAAAGGUAAUUAUUGCUGUUUAUAAUCAAAUGUUCGUGCGUAUGAAUUAAACUGGCUAAAUAUCUUUUCUGAAAGAUCCAGCUAUGUAGCCAAUUUUGUAGUAUGUAUUCUGUUAUACUCUUGAUAAGUGAAUGCCUGUUUGGGGUAUUGUUUACAUUGCACAUAAAAUCCUGUAUAUGCUCAUUCUAACAUGUUGUACAAUAGAACUUAUCACUUUAUUUUGCUAUGUAUUGCGGAUAUCCCUCCCUUCCACCCUGCAGGCUUCCUUGGUGUCCUCUGGCUUCAUUGUCUUAAUAUAGAAUAAAAACCACCCGCUAAA